GCUCAACUUAUCUGUGAUCCCCAGCCGGCAGAUGACGCGCCCUGGUACAGAUUGAGUGAGGAUAUGAUAAUUGCCAUCCUGCAAAAGCUGUCCCGUUCAUCCCACUACUGGGAUGCGGAGGCCAACGCAAGUGCUCUAGCAGCUGACUUUGUCAGCAUAUCCAGCGUCAACCACGAACUCAAGGCUCUGGAGGAUGAAUCUUGCUGGCCAGAGCGCCUUGUGCUUGUUGGCCCUUACUCUGUGGACUAUCUCCACUGGCUGGCAAAGCGUGCACAAUACUGCACCUCCUGUGGAAUCUGGAAGGACUACGAGGCGCUGCGGGCGAUAGCAAGUGGUUGUCCAAAGCUGAGGCACAUCAAAAUCAGAGAGAGAUGGGCCGAGCCGACUCAUAUCCCAGAGGACAUACUGGUUGCUCUUGCCGAGGGCUGCCCGGAUCUUGAAAGCGUUGACUUUGGCCAAGGUGUCCUUGACCUCGACGGCCUCCUCGCAGUGUUGGACAACUGCAAAAACCUGGAAGAACUAAGAUUUGUCCCGUUGGACAAUGACUACGAGCCUUUUUUGAGGGGGGCGAUCGGCACGCACGUUGUGAACAAGACAGUUGAGUACAUUUCAUUCUUCCACCAAACAAUGAGCCUGGAAAAGGACCUGAUGCCGCUGCUGCGACUCUGCCCAAACGUCGAGCUGGUCAGAUUUGAAAUGGAUCCAUGUGAUCUAGGGGACGAGGAUUUCUCUAUCGAGAACAACACGGCCUCCUAUUUCGAGGAGGUUGGAAGCCAAUAUUAUAGAUGCGCUUUUGUAGACUAUUACAAUAACUACAUUGAUGGCGAAGAUUGGUUUCGAUAGACAUCGGGCCCUUCUGAAACAAUAAUCUUGGAGUACUUGGACGUGGAGUGAACCGCAUACAUCAAGAAAUAUCGCUGGGUGAUUGAACCAUCUGUUUAAGCGUGGCAAGUGGCCAAAUGGUUUCUAAGUGAGAUUCAGUUGGAUUCGUAAACGUUGAUUGGUUCGAUGCCGCAUAAGUACUUGCAGAAGGCCCUGCAGAGCCCAGCCAAAGGCCGGAGGAGAAUAAACACAUUGCAGACAUGUGACCAAAAGAUCAAAUGCGCAC